UAGACUUGAGCCCUUUUAUUAUUUAUAAUAGUUUUUUUGGAUUGUUGUAAUUAACCAAUAAAGUAUGUAAAUAGUAUGUUUGACAAUUCAAACAAUUAAAAAAAAAGUUUUAGAUUACCUAAUUUCCUUUUCAUUUCUUUAUUUCAAGUUCUCAACCCAUAAAAAUGCAUUUGCCAUAUUGAUGUCUACACCAUCCUUUUGACAAAGAUAGGUGUUAGAAGAAUCAUAAUGAGCUCACCAAGAUUGCUGUUCUUCUUUUUGUACGUCCUCAUAGGCUUAGUUGCUUUCAAUACAGCACAGCCAGAAUUUUUUAGCCAUUCUUGUUCCAAUACAGGAAAUUACAGCAGCAAUAGUGUCUAUCAAUCAAACUUAAACAGUCUUUUAUCAUCCCUCUCCUCCAACAACAACAUAACUUAUGGGUUUUAUAAUCAGUCUUUCGGCCGAGAUCCUGACAGAGUUUAUGCAAUUGCACUCUGCAGAGGAGAUGUUCUGCUGGAUGAUUGUCGCCGCUGUGUCAAUGACUCUGCUAGCAGGAUCUUGCAGGAUUGUCCCAACCAGAAGGAAGCAAUUGGAUGGUACGAUAAUUGUAUGAUUCGCUAUUCAAAUGCAUCUAUUUUUGGUGUUACAAGAGUUCGACCUAUGCUGGCUUUGCUGAACAUAAAUAAUGUCACAAGUAUUGAUCAGUUCAAUCAGGCACUUAGAACCUUGAUGGACAAAUUAAGGAGUGAAGCCUCAUCAGGCAGUUCGCUUCGCAAGUUUGCGACUGGCGAGGCAGCAGGACCUGAUUUCCUGACAAUAUAUGCACUUGCACAAUGCACUCCUGACUUGUCCUCUUUGCAGUGCAAUGAUUGCCUGGAUCAGGCAGCUAGAUUUAUCCCAGGUUGUUGUAAUGGAAAGAUAGGUGGGAGAGUUGUUACUCCCAGCUGCAAUUUAAGGUAUGAGAUCGCCCGUUUCUAUAACUCCACAGUUCCACUGCCAUCUCCGCCACCACAAUCAACACCACCACCAUUUUCCCCUCCUCCCAAAGGAAAAGACAGCAACACAGCUAGAACUGUUGUCAUCGUUGUUGUACCAAUUGUUUGUGUUGUGAUAUUUAUCAUUUGUCUUUGCAUCUUCCUAAGAAGGAGAAGGAUAAGACAAACACCCAAACCUGAACCCAUGGAUGAAAUUAACAGUGCAGACUCCCUGCAAUUUGACUUUGGCACCAUUAGAGCUGCAACAGACAACUUCUCUGAUGCAAAUAAGCUUGGACAAGGUGGAUUUGGUUCUGUUUACAAGGGGAGGCUUUCUAAUGGACAAGAUAUAGCAGUAAAAAGGCUAUCCUCAGGUUCUGGACAAGGAGAUUUAGAAUUUAAGAAUGAAGUCCUUUUAGUGGCUAAGCUUCAACAUAGGAACUUGGUUAGGCUCCAGGGUUUCUGCUUGGAAGGAAUUGAAAGGCUUCUGAUAUAUGAGUUUGUCCCUAACAGAAGUCUUGAUCAUUUCCUAUUUGAUCCUAACAAGAGGAGUCAUUUGGACUGGGAAAGGCGAUACAAAAUAAUAGGAGGCAUCGCUCGAGGACUUGUUUACCUUCAUGAAGACUCUCGCUUACGUAUAAUUCAUCGAGAUCUAAAAGCUAGCAAUAUCUUGUUAGAUGCAGAAAUGAACCCUAAAAUUUCCGAUUUUGGCAUGGCAAGGUUAUUUGUACUAGAUCAAACCCAAGGCAAUACAAGUAGAAUUGUGGGGACAUAUGGCUAUAUGGCUCCAGAGUAUGCAAUGCAUGGACAAUUUUCAGUUAAAUCUGAUGUGUAUAGUUUCGGAGUUCUACUUCUUGAAAUCUUGAGCGGACAAAGAAACAACAGUUUUCGCAUCGGCGAGAAUGUAGAGGACCUCCUAACCUAUGCUUGGAGAAACUGGAGAGAAGGGACAUGUCUAAAUCUUAUAGACCCUAACUUGAGAGAUGGUUCAAGAAAUGAAAUGAUGAGAUGCAUCCACAUUGGAUUGUUAUGUGUUCAAGAAAAUGUUGCUGAUAGACCUACAAUGGCUUCAGUUGUUCUUAUGCUUAAUAGUUACUCUCUCACUCUCCCAGUACCCUCACCACCAGCUUUCUUUAUGUCCAGCAGUUCUGGAUCUGAAAACUUAUUUUCUCAGAGCUAUUACUCAGAAAGGACAGAGUCUACUAACGAGAAAAGCGAAAUCAUCCCAUUGUCUACAAAUGAGGCUUCAAUUACUGAGCUAUAUCCUAGAUGAUCAUGCCUGAGAUAUUCAGUACCCAGAUUUUUUUUUUUUUUCUUUUUUACAUUCGUUUGAGAGGAUAUGUAAAACUAAAUAUCAUUCAUACAUUUAGACUUGCAUUUUUGAGCUCGACGAUUCGAUCAGUCGCAAAAGCUAAUAUUUUCUGCCAUUUUUAUC